AUGGAUCAUUCAAUACAGCGGUUGCUCAACGACAAGCUCUACGACAAGAGGAAGCAGGGAGCUCUAGAGCUAGAGAAAAUCGUUCGAGAUGCCGUUUUCAGAGGAGAACAAGAAAAGAUUGCGAAGAUCGUCGAACAGCUUUGCCACGACUAUGCAUACGCUGUGCACCAACCUCAUGCCAGGAAUGGCGGUCUGAUCGGAUUGGCGGCUGCCUCGAUCGCGCUGGGAUCUGAAGGUGUUGCGCCGUACUUGAAAGAGAUCGUUCCUCCCGUUCUAGCUUGCUUUACCGACCAAGAUGCGCGAGUCCGCUAUUACGCUUGCGAGAGCAUGUACAACAUCGCUAAGGUAGCUAAGGGAGAGGUUCUGCUCUUCUUUAAUGAGAUAUUCGAUGCGUUGGCCAAGCUCGCUUCUGAUUCAGAGCUUUCCGUGAAGAAUGGUGCGGAGCUUCUCGAUCGACUGGUAAAGGACAUCGUGGCCGAGUCUGCAUCUUCAUAUGUCUCUGUGCUACAGCUGUCAGAAAAGGAGACGGCCGAUUCAGACGACGCGCAUGACACCGAACCCCCUACCGCAUUCUCCCUCGCCAAAUUCAUACCUUUACUCAAGGAACGAAUCCAUGUGAUUGGGCCCUACACUCGCAACUUCUUGGUAUCUUGGUUGACAUUACUUGAUACUAUCCCAGACCUUGAGCUGGUCACCUUCUUGCCCGAGUUCUUGGAGGGAUUGAUCAAGUUUCUAGGUGGACCUCACAAAGAUGUCAACGUAGCCACACAGGGCCUUCUGGACAGGUUUCUCUCGGAGAUCAAAAGAAUCACCCGUUUGAAGAAAGGAAUCGAAGAAAGUCGAAAAGGACAAGAAAGUCGCAGACGCUCCAAUGCUAGUGACACCGUGAGCGUCAAGACCGAGCAGACACUCGAAACCGCCGGCGCCGAUGAUGGCGAGAAGGAUGACAUUGCCGUGGAAGACUCCGCAUCCGACUCACUAUUUGACGAGGACGCUAUUCAGGCUGAUGGCGACUGGAUCCCAGGGCAAGACGUUCACAUCGACUACCCAAAGAUCCUGGAAAUUCUGGUCAGCUUCGUCGAUACCUCAUUCGGUAAACAUGCCCUCGUUUCCGGGUCUACCAGCCGCGAAGCUAACAGCUAUAUAGAGGAGGAGAUGCAAUUGACUGCACUUCGCUGGAUCGAUGCGUUCUUUGAGAUUAGCCCUGAGGAUAUCCUCCCUUUUGUCCCGAGGCUGCUGACUCAAGUACUUCCGGCGAUGUCAAGUGGUUCGGACUCGGUGCGGCAAGCAGCGAACCGAGUCAACAAGUCCCUGCUCGAAUACAUUUACUCUCUUUCAGAUGACCUUCCCGAUGACUACGCUCAAGCCGCAUCCAAGGUUCCCUCGACGGCGCCGAGCAAAGAGAGCAUAGACAGGAAGCCUUCAGAAAUCUCCAACCCCGAUUCGAGGAGAGCAACGCAAGAGUCUUCUCGGGCCCCGACACCGCGGAGUAGUAUCGUUUCGGUACCUGCGCAGCCAGCUGAUCUUGAUUAUGCUGCAGCGGUGAACUCGCUGACUUUGCAAUUCUUGAAUGAAAACGAAGCCACACGGGUAGCUGCUCUUUCGUGGCUGAUCAUGUUACACCGGAAAGCCCCACGGAAAGUGGUUGCAUUCAACGACGGGACGUUCCCAGCUCUGUUGAAAACCCUCUCCGACCCUGCAGAAGCAGUGGUGACCAAGGACUUGCAACUGUUGUCUCAGAUCUCAAGGAACAGCGAGGAUAGCUACUUCACUUCGUUUAUGGUGAAUCUGCUACAGCUCUUCUCUACUGAUCGACACCUGUUGGAAGUUCGGGGUAAUUUGAUAAUCCGGCAAUUAUGUCUGAAUCUGAGCCCUGAGCGUAUCUAUCGGACUUUGGCGGAUUGCCUCGAAAAGGAAGAGGAUCUUGAAUUUGCCAGCAUUAUGGUACAGAAUUUGAACAAUAAUCUUAUCACUGCACCUGAAUUGUCAGAUAUGAGGAAGCGCUUGAGGAAUCUUGACACGAGGGAAGGACAAAUGUUUUUCGUUGCCCUAUUCCGUUCUUGGUGUCACAAUGCUGUGUCCACCUUUUCUCUAUGUCUUCUCGCUCAGGCCUAUGAGCAGGCCUACAAUCUUUUGCAAAUAUUUGCCGAGCUUGAAAUGACAGUCAAUAUGCUGAUCCAGAUCGACAAACUGGUGCAACUGCUCGAAUCCCCCGUGUUCACAUACCUACGUCUCCAACUCCUCGAACCCGAAAAAUAUCCCUACCUGUACAAAUGCCUCUACGGCGUCCUCAUGCUCCUCCCCCAGAGCUCCGCCUUUGCCGCCCUUAAAAACCGGCUGAACAGUGUCAGCAACAUCGGUUUCCUCCAUGGUGGUCCCCGCAGGUACGCAAAUGGAACCCUCAAUGCCAAGACAGGAAGCAGUCCUCCCCAAAAAAGGCCGCACGUACUCAUGAGUCCCAAUAGCACCUCCCAAACCGCGUCAUCCUUUGACCGUGCCUCCGGCACGCGCGGCAAGAGUCGUGACGAUAUCCGAUGGACCGAGCUUCUUGAUAAAUUCAAGGCUGUCCAGGAACGAGCGCGCCGCGCGCAGGCUGCGCAGCGCCACUCGCUGGAUCCAACAGACAUCUUGCAGAAUCCCUCGUUGACUGCCGCGCUCUCUGCAGCGACCGUUGAUCGAACACGAGAUCGAUCGGGUCUACCUGACGCUCCGCGUACAGGCAUGGUAAAUCCAAUGGGCGUCGGGAUUGGCCAGGUGUCUGGAACCGCUAGCAUAGGUGUGAGUGGGAACCGUGGAGCGCCGGACGCCAGAGCCACCAGCUCUACGUCUCUUCUCGGCUCUGCACAUAAACACAAGUCGAGUCUGCCCAAUCUGGGAAGGCUGGUCAAGAUGAUCUACUUCUCAAUAUGGCUACAUAUUUUCACCCUCCUGUCCUUCAUCUUGCUCAGUGCAUUGUAUCCCUCCCACUGGAUUAUCCGUUCCAUCCAUAGAACAUUGUACCUAACCCACCUCCUUCUUCGCCCCUCUAAGAAGUACUUCCGACCUAUCCCACACCCAGUUCACCAAGCUGCACAUGAAUACUCAGCUCUGUCAGCUUCACAACGCGUGCUUUCCAUGCCAGAACUCGUCUCCGAAAUCCUAAAAUGGGACGCAGGCGGGUACAAAAAAGACCAUUGGGCAUACAAUCAGACAUUCUCAAAGACUCGAUUCGCCCGCUACGCACGAGUCAACAACCUAUGGUUCUACGAAGCCAUGCGGUAUCUCUGGUGGACUCCACAGCCUUAUUCUAAGCUCCAGGCACUUCAAGAGCUCCCUCGUGCCCGCAAACAGAUAUACGCCAAUUUUGUGGUGGCACUUUCCUUUGAAAAUGAUGUUCAAAACAGUUCCAAGGAGAAUCGAAUUCUUAAGAGAUUGUCUUUCCCUCGCUUACGCUUUGCAAGGCUCGAUAUUCGGUCCGGACAACGAUUACUCUCCUUGCCUGAUAUUAAGGGCCGUAUGCUUGAGAAUCUUACUAUUGACGUUACGGUUGGCGAUGACAGCAAGGGAGGUGCUCUGUCCGAUCGAAAGAUGCGGAUACGACUAGCGAAGCGGUUGAAGACGAUGUUUCCCUGUCUGAAGAAGAUUACCCUUAACACAACGUCGACAGCGCACGUCAGUCCGGAAGAUAUUGCGAGAUUUCAAGCACAUUUCGGACAUGUUCAGAUUGUGGUCAGAGGGACAGAUGGCUAG